AUGUACAUGUACAACAUUAAGGUGGUGGAUCGAGGUGUGCACACGGUCACCAAGCUGGCGGAAGGUUUUUACGGAGAUGAUAAGACUUCCUUCAUUUUCACUGCGGAUCAUGGAAUGAACGACCUGGGCAGCCAUGGUGACGGCUACCCGGACAACACACGGAGCCCCCUGGUUGCUUGGGGUUCUGGCGUGGCGCGGCCUGUGACCAGCAAGACUGGUAUUGCGCCUGGACAUGAGGAUGGGCUUUCAACGGACUGGGUAUUUGACCAUGUCCAACGACAUGACAUCGAGCAAGCCGACGUUGCCGCUCUCAUGGCGUACCUGGUUGGCGUCGAGUACCCCGUCAACUCUGUUGGUCAGUUGCCGCUGGAUUAUCUUGAUGCGAAUCCCAAGGAAAAGGCGCUCGCUGCCUUGGCCAACACCCAGGGUGUCUUGGAAAUGUACCGUGUUAAGGAGGAGCAGAACAAUUCAUCGGUGCUCCGAUAUGUGCCCUUUCAGCCUCUAUCUGGCGACGGAGAGACCUCCAUUGAAGGACGUGUCGCCAACCUGAAGGCGCUCAUCUCUAAUGGAGCGUACGAGGAUUCCAUUACUUUGUCGCAUGAGCUGCUUGCUGUCGGUCUCGCGAGCCUGCGCUAUCUGCAAACAUACGAUUGGCUAUUCCUGCGAACAAUCGUCUCUUAUGGUUAUUUGGGCUGGAUUGCCUACGCCUUGACGACGCCAGCAUCUCGUUUUUUUUCGUCUAUAUUUGUGGCGCUGUUCUCUGUUAUUUUGUACUAUGGAUCUUCAUGGCGCUACUACUUCUACGUGUUCUUCCCUGUUUUCUUCUGGAAGGAAGACUUUGCCCGUCGCAAGGCCCUGAUCGCCUGCCGCAAGCUGGUGGCAUUCCUUGGUGUACUCGAAGCACUGGUCCAAUCGUAUUUCCCUCGUGAGAUCUUUACUGUCGGCUUCACUCUAACCGCUUUUUGGCCCUUCGCCUACGACUUCCAAUUCCUUCGCACCCAUGUCCUCCCUACAGACCCGUUAAGGUCUGCUGUUUGGCAACCAGGUGGUUGGGUUCGUGGUCAUGGCAGCUUCUGUUACCUGCCAUUCGUCCUCCAACUGUACCCGAACAGUCACUAUCUACACCGACUGAUGAUCAUCUUCUUGUCCUUCUCCCCGGCAUUCAUCAUCCUCGCCAUUUCCUGGGAGGGUCUCUUCUACGAGGUGUUCUGCAUGACCCUUAUGACAUGGGUCCGCCUAGAACACGCAGUCUACAUCAACACAGCAGGAUCCAAUAUGGCUGUGUACCGUAACAAGACCCGACGAUGCCUGGAUCCCGAACGCAAUCUAGAAGACCACUCGACCCAGGUCCUGGCGCACGUGUCCACUCAAUUAUACGAUAUCACACGACGAUAUAAAUGCGAGAGCGCAGCGUCGCCAACGCCCUCGCAGCAUCGCUAUUCAACAGAACUCCCAGAUCCAGCUCAUUCCAUGGCCAGGCCAGUGCCUCUUGAGCGCCUCAGACGCCGUCGCAGGCUCGUCACCUGCCCAGCAUGCCGACAGACGGCCAAGACGAUCCACAUCCGCGAGCCGUAUCGCAACGUCGACAUUUUCUUGAUGAUAUGGACCAGCAUUCUUCUAUUUCCUAUAUUUGAGAACUUUCGUGGGCCCGGAGGCGCAUGGGUGACGCAGUACUGCUCGCGGUGCGGCCUCCGGCUCGUCGCGUUCCUCUCGCUGCCGCGAGGCCACUAUAUCCACGCCAAAGACGCCUCACUACAGGCUCUUCCAACUGGGGAGGUGGUCGAAGGAGCCAAGGUCCGGUCCUGUCCUUCCCCGCUAGGUCCGCCCGAACCCGUCGACGGAGCCACCAUCUUGAACUACCCCCGCCGCUACCAACACCUCCAGAGCACAACAACCCUUCAGGUUGACAUAGACCCAGGGAACAGCCUUCCCAGUGUCGUUUGGGACGCCACCAGGAAACAGAAGCUGCACCGCAUCGAGCACCUCAACGGCUACGACCCAGCCGCCGCGUACCACGCCCGCUUCCUCUGGCCGGACAAACACACCGCGUCGGAGCUCCUCCCCCGGCGGCCAUGGGCGUUCUCUGACGCCUGCAUCUCCGUGGCCGAUGCGCGCAGCGGCCGGUGCGUCGGCGCAAGCCAGCUCGCGCAGCAGUCGUGGGACACGGUCAUAUAUCUACCACACAACCUUGCCGCGACGAAAGGUUCACCUCACGCAGAGAAUUCAGCGUACCGGGUAUACAAUUGCUGGGUCGGACAGGACAGGGAAGUCUUCUCCCGGCAGUGCCCGCAGUUCUUCGUCCCGGACACGAGAGGCAGCACGCUCCUGUGGACGGUGCGUCGCAUCGUCACUGCCGACGAGCGCGAGGGCCGAGCGAAGCCGACAGCGCGACUCGUCCUGCUGGACGGGUACGACCGCCUCGUGGCCGCGAAUGAUGGGGCGUGGACCAGUAAGCAGAGCUCCGGCAAGGAGAGGAAGUGCAACGUUCUACGCAUCUAUACUCCGUUGGACGAUGGCCUCGUUGACGCAGUGGUGGUUAGCUACACAGUGCUUUGCGCACAGAUGCUGCGGAGGAUUCAAUGGGAUCAAAUUUCCUCGGAUGAGACGAGUCCAUCGUAG